AUGUCCAGAGCCUGUUCACUGGACGAAAUAUCAGCUGCAGCAGCUGCAGCUGAGGACCUCACCUGCGCGCAGACACAUCAUUUGUCCCGGGUGUUCCAGUUGUCCAGGUUUUUCAGGGGCGACUACACGGUGGAGGUGGCAAUCAAUGACUACCUGGACAUCUACUGCCCGCACUAUGAGGAGGAGCAACCGGCUGAGCACAUGGAGCACUACGUGUUGUACAUGGUGAACUAUGAUGGCUACACCACCUGUGACCACCACAGGAAGGGCUUCAAACGCUGGGAGUGCAACCGGCCGCUGAGCCCUGGCGGCCCACUCAAGUUCUCUGAGAAGUUCCAGCUGUUCACACCAUUCAGCCUGGGAUUCGAGUUCCGGCCAGGCCACGAGUACUAUUAUAUCUCGUCUCCACACCUGAACCUGGCUGGGAAGCCCUGUCUGAAGCUCAAAAUCUACGUCAAACCAACCAAUGACUCCGUGUAUGAGUCUCCAGAGCCCUUCCUGACUGAUGACACCACUGGCGGCUGCAGCCUCACCAGGCCCCGC